GUCAGCUCCUCGCGCCUUGCACUCUCGCCACCACUCUACCGUCAGUCGUCUGUACACGGAAUAUUCACACCCAUGGAACCAUCGCAUCGCAUUGUACCCGCUAACGCGUCCAAGUCGGCCUCGAUCCGGGACACCGCCAACAGUCUCGGCUUGCACGAUGCGCUCCGGUAUGGUCCGCGUAGCUUGGCAGCGGAGAACAAGACCAGGGGAGGGUUGAGGGAGCGACUGGAAAACGUAUGUGUUUUGCCUUGUGGUAGAGCUCGACUGCUGAAUUGCGUGAACCUUCAUCUCGGUCUGCCCAUCAUCUCUGAAUACGAUCAGUGGGACGCUACUCAAGACAACUUGAAGCUGACCAUGCAGCGCAACACAUUUGGUCUUCACAUGCCGAUGCGUAUGUUGAUGGAGCGCAAGAUUGUCUCUCGUAACCCUCACAUGCCCGCGCUUCCUCAGUCUAACCCACAUCUCGAUAUUCUCAUGGGGCGCGACGAGACGCUCGAUUGCGCCGACUUCAUGAUGCCAGCAUCAGAGCUGGCGCAGCCGUUGGAUGUCCACGCGGAAAUGGAGAAGAAGCUUCGCAUGUAAAUGCCAUCUCACCAACCACUGUACCAUAUGCGUUCUCAAUACGGACCC